ACUUGAGGAACCUCGUCUGUGUCCCAUAUGAUCUUGGUUUCAUGUCGCUGAGAUCCCCAAUGCAUUCGCGAUAGCGCGGACGGCUCGUGCGGUGGUUGCUCUAUGUAUGGGACUUCUCAUUAUAGGUUCUUAAGAUAGAUACAUUCCACUGACGACACUGCGGGCCGUCCUGGCUCCUCACUAUUUGCGAAGUUUUCCCCUCUAGCCAAAAUAAAUCAUUUCUGAAAGAUUUUUAAGGAGAAAGGAGGGUCGACGGCCGACCAAGCGUUCUCACCAUGUUGUGGCAACUGGCAGUCUUUCAGCUGUUUCAAUUGUUCUUCUUGCCCGUAUGUGCUCUUAGUAGCCCUCCGUCUGGGGCGAUCACUGUAGGCUCAGGAGGCAAGUAUUCAACGCUUUCAGCUGCGCUUAAGGAUACUUCAGACUCGGUGUACUUCAUCUUUCCUGGGACCUACAAGGAACAAGCUGUCAUAACACGAUCUAACAUCAAGAUCUACGGUCAAACAAGUACGCCUAACUCCUACAGCGGCAAUACUGUGACGAUCACGAACAACAUUCCUGCAUCCACAGCUGGAUCCAAUGACGCCAGCGGAACUGUGCAGGUGCAUGGAAGCAAUGUUUCGCUCUACAACCUGAACAUCGCAAAUACGUUCGGUCAAGGCACUGACGUUCAGGCAAUUGCCUUGAGCGUGCAGGAUGAACAAUUCGGCGCCUACGGGUUGAAGUUGACUGGUUAUCAAGAUACAUUGCUGGCCAACGUUGGAGUUCAAUACUACAGCCAAUGCUGGAUUGAAGGCGCUACGGACUUUAUCUUCGGGAUGCGUUCAUCUAUCUGGAUCACUAAGUCUGUCAUCAACACCGUCCAGACUGGGGUCGGAUGGAUCACAGCGUCUGGAAGGUCGACCGAUGACGCUAAUUGGUAUGUCAUCGACAACUCAAUAGUUCAAGGAACUGGAACUGCCUACCUGGGACGUCCAUGGCGUGAUUUUGCUCGAGUGGUUUUCCAAAACACAAUGCUUAACAGCAACGUCCCCGCCGCCGGAUGGUCAGUAUGGCAAACAGACACCCCUCAAACUGACCACGUCACAUAUGCUGAAUUUAACAACAAGGGGCCGGGCGCUUUGGGGACGCGUGCAAGCUUCUCUACCAAGCUGAAUUCCCCUGUCUCAAUGUUCACGGUUCUCAAUUCGACAUCGUGGGUCGAUCCGGCAUUCUUGUAAAGGGAAGCACCAUGGGUUUGGGUCAAAUUCAUUACUCUCCACGUUGCUGACGGAAGCGAGAAAUUUCAUGUCAGCAGAUGGGCGGAUAGGUUCACGGGACGCUGGCUUUUCCGAUUCUCGUGUCAUACUGACGAGGUUAUCGAUGUCGGAGAUCGUAUUGACUUUUGACUCGCUGUCAAACUUGUCCGAGUUCGAAGGUUCUUUCCCAGUCCGAAUCCCGAUUC